AUGACUGAUAUACGGAAAUGGAUGAUUGCCCGGACUUUGUUACUGAAACCGGAAUAUAACUCCGACCAGGAUGAUAAGGAACUUCCAGGGGCUCUGCUUCGGGCAUUGGGAAGCGUAACCCGAUCACCAGACCAUCCUCACUGCCCCUCUGCUUCGGGCAUCAGGACGCCUAACCCGACCACCAAACUAUCCUCACUGCCCCUCGAACCACCCAUCUUGAAGCCUUGGAAUGACAUGGGAAAGGCAGGCAAAUGGUUAGUAAACUUUUUGUUAGGGAGAAAAGAUGAAAAAGCAAAGAGGAAGAACUUGUCCCUAUCUUUUGAAGAAGGGACUUUGAUUACUAACCCAUGUGCAACUCCAUCACCCUCAUCUUCGUUUAAGCGGAGAUGGAGCUUCGGGAAGCUGUCGAGUAAAGAUCGUGCUGCUAAGAGUUCCCGGUCAUUCGAUUUGGUGACCGCAACUCCACUCGCAACAAAAACUGUAUCCGACAUGGAGAUCCGGCACAAUAACAAUAACGUUUUUGCCAUGGCAAUGGCAAGUUCUACCAAAAGGAAAACAAAAGCAACAUAUGCAGCAGUGUUACAUGUAGCGGCGACCCGGAUUCAAGCUGCCUUUCGGUCGUAUUUGGCAAGGAAAGCAUUGCAUGCUUUGAGGGGACUAGUAAAGUUGCAGGCACUGGUUAGGGGUCACCUGGUGAGAAAACAAACGACUGUAACUCUUCGAAGCAUGCAUGCUCUAAUGGCGAUACAAGUUCGAGCUAGGUUUAAGAGAGUAAAAAUGGCUGAGGAACCACAACUUGCUGUUAAAUCCCAAUCAUCGAGAUAUGCCAGGUUUUCCCAUGAGAUAGAGUUCAAAAGAACACAAAGAGUUUUGGCUCAAUUCCCGUUAUCCCAAGGAUUACAAGUUGCAUGGUCGUCCAUCUCGAAGGACCUGGAUUACAUAGAUAGUAUGGAAGGAGCAACUUUGUCUGGCAGGCAAGCAUCGGCCUACAUAUGUGAUGUCGGGGAAGAGUCAGCAGCCCUGCAGAAGAAGCUCGCGGCAGUCGGAUCGCAAGAACAGAUGGAAAUUUUAAGUGUUCCUGAUGUGUUCAGCCUUGUAUGA